GGUUUGGAAUUAUAAUUUUUUUCUUUGAUAAAGACUUUCUUUUAUUUAUUCUUAGAUUCAUUUUAGUAAAAGCUUACUGGGUUUCUUGGGUUUGCUUUUAUCUCUAUUCAUUUAAGUGUAUUGGCUAGUUACAAGCAGGACGUAGUUAUAGUUAAUCUGUUUUGUUUUGCACUUGUUGUCUGAAAAUAUCUUGUUGUUCCACAAUUUGAAUUGGUUUGUUGUUCAAAUUUUAAACAUGGAAUCUGUUGUGAGUUCUCUGAAUAGGAAUUGAUUGCUUUGUGUAUGAUUUAUAUUAAGAAAUGAGUGAAUAAGGUAAGAAACUUGUUUAAGAUUCAUAGUAUAGCUGUCAAAGGUGUUUGUUGGUGGUGCCAUGGCUGACUCAAUUCGUGGCUAGCUGUAACGAGAUAAGAGUUGCUGAGUUGGUGAUUUUUUCACUAUGGAUUUUGUGCAACAACACCUAUCUUGGAAAGCCUCCUUAAAUUACCAGAGAAUAGAGAGUGUGCUGACUGCAAAAGCAAGUAGGUAUCCGGGCACCAUGUAUUGCGUAUAAGAAAUAAUAGGGCCUCGAUGGGCUAGCGUGAAUCUAGGAAUCUUCAUAUGCAUGCACUGUUCAGGUAUCCACAGGAGUCUAGGAGUACACAUAUCAAAGGUUAGAUCUGCCACUUUAGACACAUGGCUUCCAGGGCAGAUUGCAUUUAUUCAAUCUAUGGGGAACGAGAGAUCGAAUAACUAUUGGGAAGCAGAGUUGCCUCCUAAAUAUGACAGAGUUGAAAUUGAGUAUUUCAUUCGGGCAAAAUAUGAAGAGAAGAGAUGGGUUCCUAGGGAUGGAAAAGCCAAAUCACCUUCAAGGGUGAAUGGAGAGAAGACUCCAACAAGAAGAAGUGGUCAUGGCCAAAUGAAUGACACUAACCAUGUUUUAGAGGAGAGGAAAGUUACUCGUCCACCCAUUACCAAUGGCAGAAGUCCUGCUUCCAAAAGUUCCACUCCAAUGCCUGUUAAAGCUUCCACCCCAUUGGCUGUUAAAGCAUCUCAAAAGGCGGCACAUGACAACAAAUCACAAGAACCUGUGCAGAAGUCAGAACCAGCGGCCCCAAAAGCUGAGUUGGCAGAGAAGGAAGAAAGUGCAACCAAAGUUGUAACACUUCCAAAAGUUGAUUAUGCAACUGAACUUUUUAAUUUGCUUUGCAUGGAUGAUUCUAGGGAGAGUGAUUCCACGACUCCUGCUCAUGAUAAUGGAUGGGCCAGUUUCCAAACUGCUGAUGCAAAAUCUAUUCCAGAGAGAAGUAGCUCGUCAAACUUUAUUGAAAGCAUGACACAACCGAACUUAACUUCACCAUCUUUGGAGAAACCCCUAAAGGCUGUGAAUAAUGAUACCAUGAACCUCUUCGACAAGUCCAGUAUGGCGUCUCCAUUUUCUGUCCAUCAACAGCAACUUGCAAAAAUGUUAUCCCAACAACAACAAUUCAUUAUGGCUACCGCAGCAGGGUCUGGCAAUGGAUCCCACACCGUUCCUUCAAAAUCAUAUAGACCCAGUUCCAAUGGCAUUCACUUACCUGCUCAGAGUUGGGGAAGCUAUGGCUAUCAAGUUCCUGGGAUGAUGGGAAGCAGCCAACAAGUGUAUUCUGCAGGGAACCCAAUUAACUUUCCGAUAUCAAGCAUGUAUAGGCCAGGUCCAGUAGCUCCUAUCAAUGGCAUGACAAACACCAAAGCAACCAUGCCUACUCCAGCAUUCCCAGUUGCUCCAACUCAGCCUUCAGGGUAUUACGAUCUCUCAUCAUUAGCGACGUAUACAAAACAGUGAUGGAUUGCCUAGACAUUCUCUCCAUUAAAGUAGUUAAAUCAUGGGAAAAUUCGCACUCAUAUUACCUUGCAUGAACUCUCAUCCAAUUGCUUGUUGGGGGUUACUGCCUAGGUUUGUAUUUAUUUGUAUCAUUGCCAUCAUUGGUUUAAUAAAGUUGGUUUCAUAUUGAAUAA